ACACACCUACACACCCUUCCACGCCUGGAUACAUGAGAGAAAGGGCCAGACACCGUGUCUCGUUGGGCCCCAUCGGGUAGUAACGCUUGAGAAUGCCAGCACACAGUGGCUAUAUAAUCUGACCGGUGCACCUCGGGCGUCGGCGAGACCCAUCCUACACAAAUGCUGAUAUCGCUGAAUCGUCACCGUCAUACAUGUUCCGGGCACUGAUGGGAGCAGGGCCAGCUCUCGGACGUGGCCGAGAUAACGUCCCAGAGCGGAUCGGAAUCGUCGGAGGAGAUAUGCUGCCAGGUGGCAGGCCACACCAGAAGUACGCCCAGAAACCAGCCCGACUUUCCUACCCGCGAUCCGUUCCAAUCAAUACUGCCCACUUUCAUCAAGUCGAGGACUCGAGGGCUCGAGGGCUUUUCAUUCAUAAAAUAUGAUUACCGGCUCGGCGCCGCCGAGGAAUUUUCGACGCAAUGUCCCAGGGGGACCAGCAAUAACAGCACAUUCGCUCAGGAUGACACGCUGUCUUUUGAGGCUCAUGUUUGAUUACCGCAGGCUUUUUUUUGCUCUCUUUUUACGCCAAAGCCAGUACUCUCGAAACAACGUGGACAAGACCAGUAUAUGGGAUUCACAACACCAAUGCUGAUGCUGUUUCUUCUUCCUUUGGUUCCUCGGCUUUCGACCAAAGCAAAACCACCAAGGUGAGGUUGCUGAGCUGACAGAUGGUAUAGUGCUACCCAACCGGGGGAUCGGGCUCGUUGCCAAGGCUACGAACCUACCAACCCAGGUACCCAGGGAAGGCGGCCGAUGGGCGAUGGAAGGGGCUCCGGGAACUUCCCGCGGGAGUUCCUCGAGUAUACUGCCGUGAACCCACGAUGGGAGGGCCAGAUGGGAGCAUGCCGCAGCAGUGGAAGGUCACACCCCACUCGCUAGUCGAGCGUGAAGUUUGUGAGCCAAUCGCCUUACCAUUUGCGUCGCACGAAAUGCGAACCACCAGGCAAUGGACACACCACCCAAGGCCUGCACCCGGCCGCGUUGCCUCUUUUCGGCGGACCUCUUUCCUUCGACACGCUGCCGCUCUGCAUUGGUCGAGGGCCGUACGCGGGAGCAGGGGGCUUGCAUUCGCCCGAUUUCUUCGAUAGCACAGCCCCCCAGGGCAGGCUGCCUUGCCGGUACCCCCCUCGUUCCCUCCCCAAAAUCCCGCCUGUCCUUUCCCGCACGCGCCAGCCGAUAUGCUGUCUAAUGCCCGGGGCAACAAAGGAAAUGCGCUCGGGUUGCAGCGUCAAGCGAUACCCUCUCCUCCUGAUGGUAGAUCGCAGUCGGGGUCUUUUGGCUGCGCCGCCGUUGACAAGGGUCACGAGCCCCAUUUUAUCCGCCGCCCCGGUGCCGGCUUGGGAAGUGAAGCGGUUCGCGGGAGCACGGAGCCUCGUCACCUGCGCCGAUCCCUUCUGUCCCUAGCGUGAAACAAAUCCCCAAUGGCUUCCGAGUAUAGAUGCCCCCACCUAGAGCCCAUUGGUAGCCUUACCAAGAUCGAGUCUCCGGGAAAGAUAUUCGCUGAGGCAUAGCCAGUUCGCCCAACCUUCGCGGGGCAGGUUCCCCGGCAGCCAGAAGUCAGGCCUACGAGGUAAUGUAAAGAACCGGGCGUUUUCACCUCAUACCACCCCUCCUUGCCGGCAUUCUCCUCUAGAUCCCUGGAGACUGCUGCCAGGCGACCUUUCACCUCCUCCACGAAGGGCCCCUCCCCGCCCGCUUGCCUCUGCCACGUUAUAAACCCGAGCCUCAGCCCUUGCAUCUCUUCUCUUACCCUAUGGCUCGGCCCGUAACCUCCUUUCACCCGUCUUGCCUUGGAUCGAUACGGCUCUAGUCCCCACGACGUGACCAUGACGAAGACGUGGGAUAAGCACAAGCCUGCCAUUGUCGCCCUAUAUAAGGCGGAAAACCGACCCCUGCAUGAAGUGCAGGCGAUAAUGCGGGAGAGAUUCAACUUUGAGGCAUCAAUUCGUGCGUAUCGGACCCGGUUCGGUAAAUGGGGCCUGCACAAAUACAAUGCCAGACGCCGGCACUCUGUAGCCACUUAUUUGGCGCAGCCUCGUCCGGAGAAGACAUCGCCUUCCCCUCCAUCCCCGGACUUGCCGAGAUCCAUCUCCCGGACGAACGUGCUAAGAAACAUGUCCAUGCCAACUCUCUCAACCAUCCCCCCGGCGAGCCCGUACAUCCGAUGUCCCAAUUACCUCUCACCCGACAGCUCCGGGCUUCCGAGCCCUCCUAUCAAAUUUGAGGAUCCAUGCCGCCCUGCGCUAAGCGACCUCAACGACGACCCAUGCAGCAACUACAAGACCGCGUACGGGAGUGACUCUGGCCUAUACUACGUCGGGGGGAGCUUACAGAGCAGCUACUCGCCCCGAAGUGCAGCGUUCCCUUCGCCUCACCUCAGCUAUAGUGACGCAAACAUAGCUCUGCUCAACGCUAUACGGCACGACAACGAAACCAUGCUCUGCCAGGUACUAGACAGCUACUCGCAGUCUUCCACAUACGUCGCCCUCACCGACCCCGCCGCCAACGGAGACACAGCUUUGCACUUUGCAGUCAGCCACCGAUCCUCGGCCGUGCUGCCCCGGCUCCUGCUUGCGCCAGGCAUUGCCAACAUGCCAGACCUCGACGGCAAUAUCCCCCUACAUUGCCUCUUUAGGGAGCCCGGGUGGUGGCGGGAGGAAAAGCUGCUCGCGACGGCCCAGGAGCUCAUGUGCAAGACCGACGUCAAUAUCCGGAACAGCCUGGGAGAGUCGCCAUUCGACAUUGCGUUUGCCCAACUCCGGCCCCUGGGGCUGCAGGGCCCGCCGGAACGCACUGUCCCCAGCGCCGGGCUCGGCGUCAUCAUGGCGACCAUAGUCGACCGCCUGGUCGGCUCCAAGACCGCGUACGGCAGCGUGCAGCCGGACGGCUGGCAGCGGGCCACCGAGUGCCUAUGCGCGCUCCUCGAGGCCGGCGCGCACCCGGACUCGCCCCUGGGCGACACGCCCGUGUUAUCGUGCCUCCUCAACCGCCCGGCGACGGAGACGGAGGCGUUCGGCCGCCUGUACGACUUCACCCGCCGGCUCGCCGGGCUGGCCGACGCGGCCGCGCCCGACGCCCAGGGGCUGACGGCGCUCGACUACGCCAUAUCCGCCCGCCCGCACGAGGUGAUACUCACCCGGCAGCGGCAGGUCAUCCGCGCACUGACUGAGCGGCGGCACGGCGUCCGCCGCGCCGGCAGCAGCAGCAGCAGCACCGACCCGUCCUCGCUCGUGGCCUUUGUGGCGCAGUGGGGCGCGGACGAGGGGUUCCUGGAGCUGUCGAUGCGGCUCGUGGCGGCGCGGGCGGACACCAGCGCCCUCGUCCCCGCGCCAUUUCGCGAGACCUUCCCUGCGGAGCUGAGGUUCCUGGUCUCGAUCAGCCAGGGCGGCGAUGGCGGCGACGAGCGGACAAGCCGCGACCACUACGGCCGCCCUCGGCUGGAUAGUUUGCAAUGCCAGGUCGCGCCGGGCGUGCCGUUGGGCGCGGCGAUUUGGAUCUUGGCCUGUGAUCUGGACUCUUGGGAAACAGCCAAAGAAUAUCUGUGGGCGCUCGAACAACUCAUGCCCAAGCCGCCGUGCCCGACGCGGCGCCUCCACGACGAGGCCCUGAGGCUUCUGUCAGCGAAGUUCCUCGACGGCUGGGCGAGGCUGCUGAGGGCCGCGGCAGCGUCGCUCCGCUACGCGCCGCCGGACCCGAGCGCGAGGCAGGCCGCAGACGCGUACCUAGCCGUCCUGGACCUCUGCGCCGCCAGGGGCGAGCACGCGAGAUCCGAUAAGCGCCACUACGACCUCGUCGCCGAGCUGCCGGCCUUCUUCUCGCCCGCGGCCGCGGACGGACGUCGCUCGGGCUACGCGAGGACUUGAGAUUGGCAUGCCUAUCGCCAGCGAAAACGAUGAAUCCUUUUACACGCUUCUUCUUUGUUUAUCCAUUUCGAUCCGUUCAUUCUCUGCCUUUUAUUAUUACUUGCGUAUCUUACCGUGUUUUCCUUCUUUUUUUCAUUCGUUCAUCCUUUUCUACCUCUUGCAACGCCGGCCAUGCGAACGAUGUGAUGACGGAAACUCAUGUAACGACAACAGGAUAUCGACGACAGCUCUCUUUGAUGGGAAACAGGACGGACACUCGCGUGUAACUUUCAGGGCGUUCCUUUCUCGGCUCGUGGAGUACGGCGCAGCGCUCUGGAUUCGUGGAAUAUCAAGGUUUAUGACGACCAGGUGGAGGACUGGGUUGCAAUAAUAACGCUGAAUGGUCUUGUAUCAUGUUUCUCCUCCUUUUUGUAUUUCCUUUUGCUUCUUAUUCGUGAACUUGUCUUUAUUGCCUAUUCAUGUAUCCUUUGUUUCUCAUACAAUAGUUAGGGCCCUACUCUGGCUCCAGGACGCCUCGCAGACGUGAUUCUGCUGUGGCCAUUUUCAACAAGUUAUAGCUAUUCUCCUGCAACCCUCUUUCAAUUUGAGAGACACAUGCAUUGUGUCGAGGGGAAUUCCCAUCAAAGCAAUCCAGCUUCGAGGCCGGUGCCCUGGCUUCUACAGAGCGCA